AUGGCCCCUACAAAUGCUUCAAAUAUAUCCACUGUCGUUGCUGCUAUUCUUGCAAGGGAACCACUCUUGCACCGCCUAAAAGCCGCACAACAGACCCUAGACUUCCUUGAUAUUGAUGGCGUAGCUAUUGUACUCGCUGCACCUGCACUACAUGAUUUGGAUGUCGAAGACAUUAUUCUCGGUCGCCGAUCCAUUCCGGGGAGGCUCUCACAAAGAGCGGAGUUCGUUGCGUCAAUCUGUAGGUGCACCCCUGGGUUUCUAGCAGCAACUGGGCCUGGUGCUAGGGAGAUACGCCGCAACAUAGCAAUUGCCGCCAUCCAGGCACUCCAUGCACCAGACCUCUUGGAUCUUCUUCACCACUGGCUGGUUGCGCUUUCUCUUGAUGACAUAUCAAUAGUAGUUUCUGCUUCAAGGCUCACCUCCGCUAAACUCCAGGCCGAGCCAAGACUCCAAGCAAGCAGCCAUAGUGGUAUUAUUCAGCUUAGCGAGGAUGAGGCCUACGCAUAUGCGAUUGCUGUCGUCGACGCUGGUCUAAAGCCUGCCUCAAAACUUCGGGAAAAAUGUAGGAACGAACGGAUCGUCGUCGAGACCGCAGGAUCGGUCCUCGACAACCCGCCGUCAACAGCGAGCUUAAGCGGAAACGAGGAUGGGGACUCAGCACCCGGGUUGUAUCACUAG